AUUUUUAAAGAUUAGGGGUGAUGAAGUUUUAAUAAACAAGGUAGAUAGUGUAAAUUUUCCUUCCGUUGCUUAAUUCGAUGUUUUCUAUGUACACUAAUUAUAAAAAUCAAUAAACAUUUGAAAUCACCGUCCAUAUUAUUUAGGUCGUUUUCAAACUCGCAAAUAAAAAGUGUGUAUGUCUGAAGGAUCAAAUUUAAGAUAUGAUUUGGCCACAGCCUAAAUGAGUCAAAAACCAUAUCUCAGGAACUACUGGACCAAUUUAUAUGAAAUUUGGUCCAUGAUAUUUUGAUGCCAUUCCAAUAUUUUCAUGUCAUUCUAAAAGGACAUGAAAAAAUAGUAUCAAAAAACUUAAUAACAAACAUGUAAUCCAAAAGAGAGUUUUAUUUUGAGCAAAAAAUAUAAAAAUCAAAUAUAAUGAUUAUUUAUGAUUUUUAUUUUUUUUGCUCAAAAAUAAUGACUAUAUAUGAAUUUUAUUUUUUUGCUCAAAAAUGAUGAUUAUUUAUGAUUUUUUACAAGUUACUCAAAAUUAAUCAUUAACUGUGAACAAAAUCAUAAAAUUCUGUAUUUAAAAAAUCAUUGUGGAAAUGGAUAGAUCGUCCAAAAAGGAUUACAAUGACGUUAUCCUUUUGUUUGUCUGACGAUUCAAAGUGAUUGAUUUUUUUACUUAAAAAUCGGAACGAUAAUCAUUAUUUACGGUCCCUGAUCCUCAGCGUAUUGUGCCAACUAUAACAACUAAUCUCAUGGCCUCCACCAAUAAUGAUAUUGGGUGACUAUAAAUACCAAAAAACAUUACGAACAAUUAACCUAAAAAGGAUUCAUUAAACUUCUAAAUAAUAUCUAAGAAAUUAGUACGUGAGUCGCUAAGGAUUAUAGAAAAUUAACCAAAAUUUUUAAAAGAAUGUUUACCGUGUUUUUUUUUUUACGAAAAUAAGCAAUCGCGAUCAAUUAAUGUAGCCAAAAAUUUACAUCACUCAAACAAGCCAGUGGCUAUAGUAUUAGAUCUUCAGAAAAAAGGUUUCAAAGCUAUAAACGCACUCAACAAACUAAAUUGGAAAACUGAACCGAAACUACCCAGCAAGUCAUGUGUACUGAAACUCCAACACAUUCAAAGAAAUUUUAAUAACACCACUACAUACACACAUAUGCAACAAAGGGCAAAAUGUGCAUAAACAAUUACCUCAACUCUUCUCUCGUACAGCACCCUGAAUGAUAGAAAAAACAACCCAAGUUCCCGUGUUUGAACAAGUUUUGUUUUGAGUCAUGGCUGCUUGUGAAGUAUUAUUUUGCGUGUUUUAUUUAAAUCAGUGAUCUGCAGCCUAAUUAAAGUUUAAAUCAUUGAAGCACGCAUUUUUAAAUAAGUAAAACGUAAAAUAAAAGUUUUCUAAAGCCAAAAUAAGAAAUUGAAGACGGUGAUACAGUAAUACUUCAUCGCGUUGUCAAUUAGAAGCACGCAAUAGAAGCUUCGCCAACAAUGGUCAACAUCAAGGGCGAAACCAUUGAAUACAUAUUUCAAACCUCAUACGCGCGUUAAAUGUACGCAACCUAAUUGGUGUCACUUAUGGUAGCAGCGUAGAACUUUCGAAGCGAUGGAAUAUGUGCUGCAAGCAAAUCCAGAACUAUGGAUGCAUACGCUGCUACAUCGAACACAAAUCAUUUACACACUAGAUAUUCGGUUUAAUGUCACUUUUUACGUGCAAUUAAUCCUUUUGGUCAACACAAGCACGGGAAGAAUUGAAACGACAUGGUUUGGGUGCUUUUGUAACCAUGUAACCAUUUUGCCAACGAGCUGGAGGGCAAAGCAGUUGCAGUAUUUUUGGACUUACCGGCACCUCAGUUGGCCGUGCCAUUAGCAGCUUAAACACAGAAAUUAAAGGGACUUUUUUCAUCCAUUUUCACCUUGCAUUGAGGAAUCAUAAUGUUGUUGUAUCCCUUUACAAGGACAUGGAUUCGCCGAAAUUAGUACAAUGGAAAUACUACAGCAAGAGCAUGGAUGUUAAGACUAGAACGUUGCCCAUGCUAGAUUUAAAAUUCCUGAAGUAUAAGAAACCCUCCUCACAGAAAUUGUAUAAAUCUAGUACUAGUGAAAUUAAUGAAAGAACAGAUCUUACAAAAACUCCUAAAGAAACCAAGAGUUCUCACAUAAUGUGCGCAGCUUACACUUCCGGGCCGCUCGGGGUAUUUGACAUUUGCCACUCUCCCUCAAGCCUUUGUCAGAUAGCAAAAAUUGUUCAGCUAUUCAAUACGUUAUUCAUAUGUAUAUAGUGUAGUACGAUAAUACAUGUAUAAAGUAAAUAUAAUAAUGUAACGAAAAUGGCACCAGAACAAACUAGAAUCUACAAUCGAAAUCGAUAACUUGCCAGAUGUAUCUAGAGAUCGAUAUUCGUAGUUGCCAGAAUAUUCGAGUGACGAUGUAUCGCUUACAAUCGACUAUAUAAGGGCUGUCGGACUGGCAGCAACACACAGUUCUGAUAAGAGAGUUGUCGAGUGUGGACAAUUCUAAGGAGAGAGCAAAGUGUAAACAAGUUAUAAGUUAGAGUUGUAAAGUAGAGUAUUGAGUACUAAAGUGUUAAGUUAUAAGGAAUUAGAAAUAAAGAUUAGUGUAUAGCCAUUAGAGUGUGACUUUUAUUUGACAAUCCAGUGAUCGAACUCAGGGUAGAGUUUUAGAGUAAACGACAGAUUUUGGAAAUCCGUUACAAUUGGUGUCAGAAGUGGGAUUGACAAAUAAAACUCCAUAGGAGAUAAUGGCCAAAUUCAGCGAAUUAAGGAUACCACAACUCAAAAGAGAGUUGGAACAACGAGGCUUAGCAACGAAUGGUUUGAAAUCAGAAUUGCAAGCCCGGUUAAGAGAGGCAAUGGAAGAAGAAAACAUCAGUGUGGACGAAUUUGUUUUCGAAUCGCUGUUAGAGGAAUCGACAAAGAAAAUAGAGGAAAAGGAAGAUAAUCCAUGUUCAUCAGGAGUACAGGACAUGAAGAUGGUUUUGUCUGCAUUGUCACAGAUUUCGUUGCAGUUGACGGAGAUGAAAGCAGAGCAUUCGCAGUUAUCAACGCAGAUAUCAGCUCAAAUAUCGGUACAGUUAAAAGAGCGGAAGUCGGAAGCGAAUGGGAUAUCUUCACAGCUGGAAAAGCAUGAACAAAUUUUAUUAACACAGACCGAAGCGAAUGAUGCGUGUAUGUCAAAGCCUUUGGAAGCGCAAGGGCAAGUUUUGUCAACACAGUCGGAAGCGAAUGGAGUGUCUUUACAGGUGAAAGAGGAGGAGGAUGAGUCAAUGGAUGUGGCCUCAAAUAGAGCAGAGGUGUCAACACAACUGGAAGUACAUGGAGAGAAUAUGUCCACACAGUUGGAAGCGAAUCAGACGUAUAUGUUAAGACCUUUAGAAGCGCAUGAAGAGAUUUUGUUAACACAAUUGGAAGUGAAUGGGAUGUCCUCACAGUUGAUAGAGGAGGAGUCGAUGGAGCUGACCUUACAAAGAGAAGAGGUGUCAACACAGCUGGAAGUGCAUGGAGAGUGUAUACCAUCACAGGUUUCGGCACAGGUGUCGACACAGUUGAAGGAACAGGAGGUGCAUAAAUCGACGCAGGUGAUCCCAGAGGAAACAGACGUGUUAUGGACAAAAGAUUGUGAUCUGAAGGAAGAAGACUCUCAACAACAUGAGCCUCCAGGUGUGAAACGUCCAAAGAAAGAAGAAAUAGCUGCAGAACGUCCAAUCGCAAAGGUACAGUGCAAAAGUUUCAAGUUAGUGGCUGGUUGCUUAUAUCGAUGGUGGAAAGGCAAAGGAGAAUACUGCUCCCGAACUCUCGUGAUUGUUCGAAACGAAAGAUCACCUAAAGUUCGCUACGAGAUGCACAAAGGUCCAAGUGAAGUGCACAUAAGAAUCACGGAAACCUUGGGAAGGUUGAGGAAUCAGUUUUGUUGGGUUGGUUGUCGUAAAUCAAUGAGAGAUUGCAUUGCAGCUAAAGUGUCGAUAUCCAAGAGUCAUGGUCAGAUGAAGCAGUUCAGUUCGGGAGCGCCAUUUGAUGGAUUCGCCAUGGUUGCAGCUGCUCCAUUACCUACCAGUGAAUCAGGAAACAGGAAUGUUUUGUUGGUCAGGACAAAUGUGUGCGCAAUUCGUAGUAAAGAGACUGACGAGAUGACGGACGUGGAUAUCAAAAGUCGGGAAGUGUGCCAGAAGCUAUAUGUCCGGAAAAUAUGUGAAGCUGCAUCGCAUCCACGAUCCGACAUCAUGGUGGAAAGAUUCAUCCGAAAUUUGGAAGAGCAUUUUAGAAAGCUGGUGGACAGGUAUCGUCACAGAUACAGAGGACGUCCAUAUAUCUAUGUUCCUGGAAUCAACGGCGUAGACCACUGCGAGGAUAAUUUUUGGUUACUAAUUGAUUUAAGGUUUAGGAUUAAUGCUAAUCGAGAAAGAAAUGCUAAAGAGGACAACAGUGUCCUAGAAGACGAGAUGAAAUGAAGAAAUGCUAAGGGUUUGGUUCUGGAAGUAUGUCUAAUCGGGACGAUCAGACUUAAGUGGAGGGCAGUGUAACGAAAAUGGCACCAGAACAAACUAGAAUCUACAAUCGAAAUCGAUAACUUGCCAGAUGUAUCUAGAGAUCGAUAUUCGUAGUUGCCAGAAUAUUCGAGUGACGAUGUAUCGCUUACAAUCGACUAUAUAAGGGCUGUCGAACUGGCAGCAACACACAGUUCUGAUAAAAGAGUUGUCGAGUGUGGACAAUUCUAAGGAGAGAGUUGUCGAGCAAAGUGUAAACAAGUUGUAAAGUAGAGUAUUGAGUACUAAAGUGUUAAGUUAUAAGGAAUUAGAAAUAAAGAUUAGUGUAUAGCCAUUAAAGUGUGACUUUUAUUUGACAAUCCAGUGAUCGAACUCAGGGU